CUGAACUCCCCAAAUGGUGAAUUUUUAUUUGCAAUGGCGAUCUCACGUCUCGUAAUGUGUAAAUAAAUUGCAAAAAUUGCUCAUUUUGGCAUUUACGCGCUUUCGUUUGCGAGUUUUUACGGUAUUUUUGGUUUACCAUGGACAACAAGGGUGGGAAUAGCGAUGAAGAAUAUUCUUCAAAGCCCAAUUCGAAGCAGAGCAACGUUUUACCUCUGUGGGGCAACGAGAGGACGAUGAAUUUGAAUCCUUUAAUUUUGACAAAUAUACAAAGUUCGCAUUAUUUUAAGGUCAAUCUCUAUGAGCUGAAGACCUACCACGAAGUCGUCGACGAGAUCUACUACAAAGUCAACCACCUGGAACCGUGGGAGAAAGGGUCCAGACGCACCUCAGGCCAAACGGGAAUGUGCGGCGGCGUCAGGGGCGUCGGCGCCGGGGGCAUCGUCUCCACGGCCUAUUGCCUCCUCUACAAACUUUUCACUUUAAAAUUGACCAGAAAACAAGUAAACGGCCUUAUCAAUCAUUGCGACUCUCCGUUCAUUCGUGCGUUAGGAUUCAUGUACAUCAGAUAUACACUUCCGCCCAAAGACUUGCUGGAAUGGUACGAAUCUUACCUAGAAGAUGAAGAGGAACUUGAUGUAAAAGCAGGUGGUGGACAGGUGAUGACCAUCGGGACGAUGCUGAGGCAGUGGUUGGUCAAGCUCGAGUGGUUUUCGACGCUGUUUCCCAGAAUACCGGUACCCAUACAGCAGAAGAUACAGAAACACUUGGAGGAAAGAUUUCCCCCGCAUGCGAUGCAGGCAGCAGCAGCGGCGGUUAACGACCGUUCCAGGAACGUGGAAAGAGAGAGAAAGGACUGGCCACGAGAGAGAGAGCGCCACAACGUUAGGGAGGAUCUUAGGAGGGAUUUCCUGCGGGAUAACGACCGUGAAAGGAGGAACGACAGGGAUAGAAGAGAGCGAGGAGAUAGAUACAGGGAGGAGGGAUCUAGAUACGAUAAGAAAUUCACGGAACGAAGUAGAGAACGAGAAAGGGAUAGAGAUAGAUAUAGAGAACGAGAGAGAAGUCCAAACAAAGGAAGGAGUCCGUAUCGAGAAAGAAAGGGCCAGUCUAGUAUUGAUAGAGAACAUAGUAAAUAUAGGAAGGGACAUUAUCACAGAUGAAGUAAUGCCACUUGUAAUUUUUCACUUUGAUGUUAGUUUGACACAUAAGUUCAAUUUACAGAAUUUAUUUUUGUUUUGUGUUUAUAAUAAAGUUCUUUUUCGUAACAAA